UUCCAUCUGAAAGGACAGAAUACUAUCGAAGCCUCUGUGAUGGUAAUGGACACCUACGUGCUCGAUCGCAGGUCAUGCGCUCUGCUAGAGAACCUGAUAGCUAUGAACCAACAAACAAGUCUGACAGCAAAAAAGGGCUAUUUACUCACAUGAAGAAGAAGCUGCCUGUCUUUUGGAAAUCUCAUAAGACGCCUACCAACUAUGAUGAUGCUCGUCUAAACUUUGUGUCUGAAGCUGCUGUGCAAUUGCAGCCACCCAGAGAUCCUUUGCUACAGUUAGUCUUCCUUCAGGAGGCAUCUGGCUACUGGCGGCUUGAUCCAGCUCUGGCUACUGCACUGGGAAAGAUCAGCAAGGAGAUGGAAAAGUCAAAGCCUGAAAAGGGCAGCAAUGAAGUGUGGGCCACCAUUCUGGCUCUGAUCUGGCUUCAUGCUUUUAAGAUGGAUGCAAAGGAUGAGUGGGAGCUUCUGGCUAUGAAGGCUGCCUCAUGGCUCCGUGCUCAGAAUGCACCAUGUGUGUCAGAGUGUGUGGACGCUGGAAAUGUCCUGUUGGGUUCCAGCGUGAAGAAAGAAGCUCUGGGACUCUGAGAGUUUUCUCAAAGAGCUAGUUAUGCCAAAUGCCUUUUGAUUCAGUGUUGUGUCAUACUGUCUUCUUCAUUCACGUUUUUCACUGACUGUGUGUUUAUACAUCAUUCUGCAUUUAAUAAUCAGUUAUUAUUAAUC